AUGCCGGCUACGUUCCUUACUCUCCCGUUGGAACUUCGGGAACUCAUCUAUGAAGACGUCUUUAGCGCAAUUACCAUUCGCCAUGGAUUCCGUACCAGCUCUUCCAACCGCACAGCUCUCCUACAGACCUGCAAAAAGGUACACCAGGAAGCAUGGCGGCAUCUUCCUCUGAAUGUACGGUUUCAUUUCCGAGGCACCGAAACGAUGCUGGAGACCCUCUUGAGUGUCGAUCAGGCCGUCAUUACACGGCUUCGCCACGUUCGUAUAAAGUCGUUCCCUUUCCCACUGUAUAAUAGUGGAAGGCCGGAUUAUUACCCAAUGUACAAUUUCUGCAAUGCCUUGACAUUGCUUCCCGGACUGCACCUUGAGCAACUUAUUGUUGAAGACUGUUUCCAUGGCUUCGGCCUCGUCGAGACCUGGAGAGAUGUUGUGACUUACUUCGACAUCGAGAGCCUUAUCAAGUGCGACGCUUGGAAGGAACUCAUCUACAUCACGCCCAAUACGGACUUCCUUGCUUCUGGGUACGACCAUCGCAAGAAAAGAGUUGCACAACCGGAUAACUGGGAUGCCGUGUUAAAAGAGAAAGACGGUGAGGACUCUGGUGCUGAAGUUCAAAUGUGGAUUACGCCCGAUAAUGGUGAAGCCCGGCCCUGGGCCGCGCAGCCAGGCAAUGUGGUUAUAGAGGAUAUAAGCUUGGCCACUCCCGAUCAAGACCUCCGAGGAGAGGUGCGAAUUAUUGCUUGUAGAGGGCGGCGUGCACCGUACAUACAAAUGGGCUUGUCCCAAAACAGGACCUGGAAGGAACUCAAGGCCAAGGAAGGCGGUUUCACACAAGAUGGUUGGAAACCUUACUAUAACGACAUGGCUGACGCCAUCGGAUGGAUAUACGGUGGCUGGGGCCGUCGCAUGCAACUCGCAAAUGCAGCUCUCAACUACUAG